AUGAGGCUCGCCAGCCUAGCUAUUGUGCUGAUCUCGUCCGUCGGCCUCGCGCUGCCGAUCCAGGAUAUCCCCCGCAGAGCUCCGGCCUCACGGACAGUGCUGUCGGGAGGGAGCGGGAGCUCUUCGCCACAGCAUGUGGUAAUUACAUGGCCCGAAAACAACCAAGCGUCAAAUGUCCAAGAUUACAUCGAGCGCGAAAUGGACGAGAUGCCUUUUCUCCGCUCCAACGAGAAAGAAUAUAACUUUGUCGCCAGCGUACACACUCCUCAAAUGCCUGAUUCCGAUACGGGCCCAGCAAUUGGUUGGUCGUCAUACAGAGUCUUGCUGGGCGAGCACAAGGGAGAACACGAUAGAGAUACAGGCACCGAACCCCAUACAGCUCCCGGCACCGGCUCGCCGAAUGUGCUGGAGAUCAUCGACCGCAACAAGCUCGGGCCCCAGUGUCUCGCGCUCACGAUAUUCAUUCUUGUGUCCAUCAUCUACUUUAUUCUGUCCAUGCUGGGGAUGGCGUUCAAAUCCUGCAUCAAAGCGCGUUACCCACCGAGAGGCUGUGAUUCGGUACAUCUUUCUGGUCCAGAGCGGCAGCUCCUUGCUUGGACUAAUAUCCAGUGGGAAAUGAUGAUGGAGAAGGAGAGGCACUGGUGA